GCCUUAACUCCAAUCCACAUUGUCCAUCGGCACGUGGUUGCCCCGGAGAUGGGCUUGGCGUCAACGCCUCUCAAAACGCUUGCAUCCCGAACCUCACCCUUCUCUUCUUCCUCCUCCUCCUCCUCUCCUCACCCUCGCCCUCCUCGAUUCUCUCUACACGCACUCAGCCUUUUCAGGCCCCUCAAACCAUACCAAUCAACGGCUUUACUGCAAAUAUUCCGCACUCAACAUACUAACGGAUCCCUUAACUGGGUCAUCUACAGCAACCAUCAACAACACAGCAAUAUCUCGCGGAUAUGGCAACCGUCUCAGUAAUCACCCCCAUCAAACUUCGCCGUGAUGGUAUCUUCUCCACCCGUCUCGCUGGCGGCCGUGCUCCUCUUACGCCCUCCCCCAAGACGCCCCGUCCUCAAGCCGUGCAAGAACCGGCCGAAAGCAUCCACCAUGGCAACGCCAACCUGAUGUCCCGCUUCUCUCGCUCAGUGUCGAAGACCAACGUCCGAGACUCGCCCAAGUCAAACAUUGCGAGCCGUCCGUCUCAGCACUCGCCAAGACGUCUCGACCAAUUCACCAGUGACUUCACCCUCACUGGCACCGGCCCGCGACCAAGCACCGCGACAUCUGCCAAGAACACGCCAUCUCGCUCUCGUCUGGGACGUUCGGGCUCCGUGCAUCGCACCCCCAAGCGGAGUCAGAGCAACAUCAACUACAAGGCUGUGGAUCGCUUCAUCCCCAACCGCACCGCCAGCGAGGCCAUCACCACUUCUGGCGCGGCUGCCAAGCUCGACAAUGAACACACCCCAGCCCGCCGACCAAAGUCAAGCGCUAGCGAAGGGUCCGCAGUGCUAGCUGCAAGCGCGUUUGACUAUGGUCGUUCGCAUUCUUCUUCUGCCGAUCCCACCGGCACCUUGUCCCUCGACGGCCUGAACCUGAACGACUCCAACGAGGAUGACGAAGACUACGCUCCCCGCGGCAAGAAAAGCCCAAACACUGCUGCAUACCAGCAAUCAGUCGCCGAAGCCUGCGGAGUCAGCAUCAAGCAACGCAUCCUCGCGUUCAAGCCUGCCGCCCCAGAAUCUUCCCGUCCGAUUGAUCUUCGAUCUCAGUACAACCGGCCCCUCAAGCCUGCGGCUGCCUCUGCAUCGCAGUUCAAGCGUCGUGUGUUGACCGCACCGGAGCGUGUCCUCGAUGCUCCGGGUCUCGUCGACGACUACUACCUCAACCUUUUGGACUGGUCGAGCGGCAACCAGGUCGCUAUCGGUCUCGAGCGCAGCGUUUACGUCUGGUCUGCGGAAUCCGGCACUGUCAACCCCCUCCUCGAAUGCCCAGCCGACACCUACAUCGCCUCGGUCAAGUGGUCCGGUGACGGCGCGUACGUCGCCGCCGGUCUCGGCACUGGUGAGGUCCAGAUCUGGGACGUUGAGGAGGGCACCAAGCUCCGCAGCAUGUACGGUCACGACACCCGUGUGUCCGUCAUGGGCUGGAACAAGCACACCCUCUCCACCGGCGCCCGCUCCGGCCUCGUCUUUAACCACGACGUCCGCAUCGCCCAACACAAGGUCGCCGAGCUCGUCUCCCACACCUCGGAAGUCUGCGGCCUCGAAUGGCGCGCCGACGGCGCCCAACUGGCCACCGGCGGUAACGACAACCUCGUCACAAUCUGGGACGCACGUCACCUCAACGCCCCCAAAUUCCAAAAGACCAACCACAAGGCCGCCAUCAAAGCUCUGGCCUGGUGUCCGUGGCAAAGCAACCUCCUCGCCACCGGCGGCGGGUCCCACGACCGCCACAUCCACUUCUGGAACACCACCUCCGGUGCGCGCGUCAACAGCAUCGACACCGGCUCGCAAGUCACCUCCCUUCGCUGGAGUCUGGCGUACAAGGAGCUCGUCUCUUCCUCUGGUUUCCCCGACAACUCCCUUUCUAUCUGGUCUUACCCUACCCUGGUCAAGAACAUUGAAAUUCCCGCCCACGAAUCCCGCGUUCUGCACUCCGCGCUCAGCCCGGACGGACAGAUGUUGGCGACGGCGGCAGCAGAUGAGAGCCUGAAGUUCUGGAAGGUGUUUGAGAAGAAGGCGGGCACGGCGAAUUUGGUGGACGGUGGUGUUGCGAGCGCAAAGGCUGGCCUCACCAAGGCUACGACGAUUCGGUAGAUGAUGGGUGCGGGGAGGAAGAUGGUUUCGUACUAUUCAAUGCUUGGGACAAAGCGGUAAUGGGAUCUUGUUUUUUUUGUUUUCACAGUGCUGCCCGUAGCUUCUGUAACAGGCUACCAAUACAUUCGUUUGACGU